CAAACACCAUCGUGUAAGUUGUAGAAUUUCAUAUGUUACUUUGUCCAACGUCUUAUAUCUUUACCGAAGUGGGGUAAGUCGCGAGAAGAGUCACGCACACGCCCCUACGCUGGCCUCUUCCAGACAAGAGCCACGAUUCGAAUUCGAUGUCGGGUGCAAAUUCCGGUCACGGCAAUUUUUUCGAAUUGGGAUUGACGUGGGCGCAGAGCUGUCUCGCGCUUCGAGUCUCAUGACAGUCCGCCCUUGCUCUCGAAAUCGCUGUCAGAGCGCGCCACAGCUGCGGAGACUAUGGCCGUGUCGAAUUUGCGGCCUCUUUCCGCCGCUUGCAGUCUCUUGAUUGGACCUGCUCAGGGCCAAGACGAGGCCGAUCGAGACCUGAAACAGAGAGAAUGGAUUUGGGAGUUUUUCUUGAAGAAUAACACGAAUGGAAGUUUGCUCUUGGAGUUGAUGACUGCUCUGCCAUUUCCGAAUGAGAAUUUAAAUCUCAAGCGAUUGCUACUUUUGAGGUCUCUUUCCUUACAGUUGUCGUUAGGACAAUUUGAUGAACUUACGCUUGACAUCCUGAAGGCUCUCGGGGAGAUGGUCAGGAAGCCUGACUGUUCACUUGAAAGCAUCUGUUUUCGUGAAGCAUCUGAUGAGCCUGCAAAGAAGCGGAAAGCGACUGAGAAAGGGGAAAAGCACGACACUCGAAUUUCGAAAGUGGAAGCGACGAAAGAAUCGGUGAAAAGGGGACUCCCGGAGAGCCUUUUCGGGAGGAAGUCGAAGAAGUCACGCAGAGAACGCACAGGGGAAGAGGGAAGACGAGACGCGAAUCGGUCUGAAGAACUCUUUCCCAGAGGAGACGCAAUUGGCCUCAAAGAUGGAAGUCUAAGAACAAAUUUUGCCUAUAUGCAAGCAGGAGCUCCUUCGUGGGAACUUCAAUUGGAUGUAAUGAUUGAGUUAACUGUAAAACAUUUGAGGGGGGUUUCGCUUAGUAAGAAGGCCUUUGAAGCAGCGCUGGCUAAAUACUGGGGAGAUUUUAUUAUGGAUACAGAGGAGCCGGUUGCAGAAAGGCUUUCAUUUGAAAUUGCCAGGGAGGACAUCAGAAAUGAGCUAUGGAAGGUUCAUAGUAACCUCGAUCUCUUGGAAGAGAUCACACAAAAGUACACCGAAGGAAGAGUUAGGAACAAACUGGCAUGGUUUCUGAGAGAAGCAUGGGCAGACACGCAGAAAACUUUUCUGGAAACAGUUAGCAGCGAUGUUCUUGAUGGUACUUACGAACCUCUGAACCCUGAUGUUCAUCGGAGGAACGUGGGAGCAGUUGUAGGGGAAGAUGGAGUGGCAGUGAAUGCUAGAGAGCUUACAAGCGAGAAGCCCUGGGUUAGAUCUUCGAGAGGGAGACUCUCAAGGAGUCGAGAGAAGCUGCAAAAAGCCUUUGGGGUUCUUGAAAUCAACGCCAGACGGGAACUGGAGCAAUCCGGAAACAUAAUGGAUGGCGGUGAUAAUGAGAAGAAUACAGAAGUCGUUAAGAUAUGCAAAAUCAACGACAUUCUUGGUCCUCCCUUGCUACAAACUCGAACAGCGGAGGUAUACUUGCCGAGUGCAACAGAUGCCAACAAUGAAACUGGAUCCAAGCAAAAGAUCUAUUCUGGAUCAGAAGAUACGGCCGAUGCAGCUGAACGUGAGACUGAAGAAUUUGACCAUGAAGAAACAGGAAGAAGUCAGCCUUGUGAUAGGGUACUUCGUAGGACUGAGGAUCAUGCAAACUUGGUGAAAGAUGGAGGUCUCUCGGAUAAAGAGAUAACAGGUGACCGACAAGUAAGAAGCGCGAGUACGUCACCUGUAUCCCCAACCACCCGAGGUGAUUUAAAGUCUUAUCGCCAAGAUCUUAAGGGUAAAGGUUCAUACUCUAAGGACGAAGCAUCAUCGGAUGGAGCGUGCAAUAGGACGAAGUGCACUGACUUGCAAGUUGCCGAUCCACAACAUUCGAAGAUGGAAGGAACUGCUGUAGAAACAAUAAAUCUGUUGUCGCCUUCUCCCCGACCAUUAGCCAAGAUCCAAGGCUCGCUAAGCCCUCCCCCUUGGGUAGAAGCCAGAUUGCGAUUUAGAAGGAAACCGGCUUCACCCUCGAGUAAUAAUCAGACAACAGGGCCUGCUCAAGUUUAUGAAGGAAACACAAGAGCAGGAGCGUCAAGUGAAGCCGGAAGUGCAAAGGAGAAUUCUGGCCCGGGUAGUGCUGAAAAGUCAAGGAAAGACAGAAACAUGGAUGCACAACACGAGGUCCUACUACAGUUUCCCAUAUCGAAAAUUGGAGAAACAGCUGCAGCGAAGCCCAGCUUCUUACAACGAAAUUCCACUGCCCGUACGCUAGAGUGGAAAGACGAAGAUGACAUUUCUGAAAGUCCGCCAAGUCCUCCAGAAUCAAGGCGUGUUGCUUCAGCCCGGACCUCUGCAGUGAUCGCCACUCGCAGGGCUUCAUCUCAAACUAGCACGCGGAGGAGGAAACAUCGCAAAUGGUCUAAUGAGGAAACCGAGCUUUUGAAAAGUGAAGUGUUCAAGUAUGGUAAGGGUCGAUGGAAACUAAUUCUUGCUAAUAAUCAGACAGUUUUCGAAAGCCGCACAGAGGUAGAUUUGAAGGACAAGUGGCGGAAUUUAGAAAGGUUUGAAGGCUUGAGCGUCUCAGACGAUUGAGGGCACCAUUCGUCUGGCACAGAGCGGCUGCAUCAUGUAUUGUGGAUGCACUUCUGCCAUCGGCCUUCUAAGACGAGGAUUGGUGAUCCAUCUUUAUUUCCGGAUUGUUUGAAAUCACCUCCUUUACAAACGCAGCUACAAGUCAGCUGCAGAUGAGUUAUUAUACGCGAAAGUUCGACAAAUCCAGGUUGAUCGCGGAGCUGAUAAGGACAGCUUAAGUUUUGAGUAAAAGGGUAGCUCUGCAGUCUAGAUCCCCCCUGAAAGGUAAGGAGUAGACGGAGAUGUUUGAGUUCUGAAGUGGAGAGCGUUGAAUCUGAGUAACCAGAAAAAUGAAACAAAUGCUAAACAUCAAAUACCGAAAAGGAUCACAACAUGGUGAUCUCUUGAGGUCGCAGUUGUCUGGGUAGUAGAGCGUUCACUUACCUCUUUAGUAUAAGGUGUGGAAUAAGGAUAAACUUUCAACCCAGUCUUGAAAGUUCAAUUUCAAGGUGCCCAUGUGAUGGAGGUGGUGACUUGAUGAUCACACUCUGAUGCCGCUGCUGAAGAUUUCUAUACUGGUGGGAUUAUACACUGUAGGAACCUUGUUGCAGAUCCCGAUGCUAUUAUGUCGUGAUACCGUUACACAAUGCCAAGUCCUUCUAGGCGUUCAGUUCUGCAUGCCUGAACAUCGCUGUGGUUGUAUCCUCGAAAAUUAUUAAGAUAUUCAUGACACAUUU